GUACAGCUCGUCAACGAAGAGAAGUAUAGGAACAACGCCAAAUUAGUUUCCGAACGAUUCAAGGACCGUCCCAUGUCACCCGCUGAAUCGGUCGUUUAUUGGACCGAGUACGUUGUACGCCACAGAGGGGCACCCCAUUUAAAAUCUCGUGCUAUCGAUUUGAUGUGGUACGAGUAUUUUCUGGUUGAUGUGAUAGCUGCAUUUUUAUUAAUGGUGUUCGUUAUUUUGUUUGUCAUAUAUUUUAGCCUGAAAAAGAUUUACUUGUGUGCUCUUAAAUAUUUUCAAAACGUGAAAAAAAAAUGUGAUUGAGAAUUAUUACAAUAUUUGUAAUGUAUUUUGAUAAAUUUUCAUCGUGAUUUUUAACCGUAUGAAGCUUAUAGUGUCAAAAUUAUGUCUAAUACGAACUGAGUAAUUUCUACGAAUCGUGUUAGAACCAAUCGGUAAAUCCACGAUUAUCAUUGACAGAUAUAUUGUCACAAUAUUAUUGUGAGAUUUGUUUUGAUUUAAGUAAAAUCAAAAGUUUUUCAAGACGAUUUUAAUUUAUUAAAACUAAACCAUGAUUAUAAAAUAAAUUUGCUUCAGCUGAAAUUAAAUGUCGAUUUACAUAAUAUCA